ACUCUCUAUUAGGUAUCAGUUCCGCGCCAUCAUCUCUUAUGCAAACAUUAAGAGGCCAGCUAAAGAAGGCCCCGUCUCGAUUGACCUACUUCAGGCAGUUGCCCUUUUUUCCAUUUCCGUACGCGGUAUUCCUUCGCAGGAUAACAGGUACCGCCAGUAGCGGAAAAAUGCAGUACCCGCUCAAGAUAAUCAUAGCGUCCGCGGGCGCCAUGUUUUUUAUAGUCCUUUUCGGGUUUGUAGUGUUCCCGAAAAUUAUCACCAGUAAAGUGAAGGGGAUGGUGAAUCUCAAACCCGGAAGCGAAAUCAGAGAUAUGUUCCUCAAAGUGCCGUUUCCGUUGGAGUUUCGCGUCUAUGUCUUCUCCGUUCUCAAUCCAAUGGAUGUUCAGGGAGGUGCUAUCCCGAAUCUACAAGAAAUAGGUCCAUUUUGUUACGAAGAGUGGAAGACUAAAAUCAACGUCCAGGAUAACGAGGGUGACGAUACCAUAAGCUACAACGCGGUCGACACGUUCCAGCCGGCCAGUUGGCCAGGGUGUCUCACAGGAGAAGAAGAAGUUACGGUGCCUCAUCCCAUGAUACUCGGUAUGGUAAAUACGGUGGUGAGGAUGAAGCCUGGGGCGAUUAGUCUGGCUAACAAAGCCAUCAAGUCCAUCUACGAGAACCCACCGUCGAUUUUCAUAACCGUCAAGGCCAAAGACCUGCUGUUCGACGGAGUAGUGAUCCAUUGCGGAGUUAAGGACUUCGCAGGGAAGGCCAUCUGCACUACCCUCAAGGCGGAACCCUCGCUGAGACAGAUCAACGAGGAUGACAUCGCGUUCUCCCUCUUCGGACCUAAAAACGGGACUCCCAGCAAGACGAUAGUAGCUCUGAGGGGAGUCCAGGAGAGCCGCAGCGUCGGUAAAAUCGUCACCUACGACGGCGAGAAGAAGCAGGGCGUGUGGAACGGUACCAAAUGCAACCAGAUUCUCGGCACCGACGGCACAAUUUUCCCUCCUUUCCUGAAGAAAGAGGAAGGCCUUAUGUCGUUCUCCCCCGACCUCUGCAGGUCGUUGGGGGCCGUCUACGAGAAGAAGGCAAAGUACGAGGGCAUCCCCGUGAGCGCCUAUUACGCAAGCCUAGGCGACCAGUCAAAGAACGCGGACGAGCGAUGUUUCUGCACUACGCCAGAAACGUGUAUGAAAAAGGGACUAAUGGAUUUGUUCAAGUGCUCGGGAGUUCCGAUAUAUGCUUCGUUGCCUCAUUUCUAUGACUCGCACGACAGCUACUUAAAGGGAGUCAAGGGUCUUCAGCCGAACAAGGAAAAACAUGGGAUCCGGAUCUUGUUCGAAUCGACGACUGGAAGUCCGGUGUACGCGAAAAAAAGGCUGAUGUUCUCGAUGCCGCUCGAGCCCAACCCGAAAGUUGACCUCUUCACCAACUUUACCGAAACGAUCUUUCCGUUAUUUUGGGUCGAGGAGGGCGUCGAACUUAACAACACUUACACGAAACCUCUGAAGGAUCUGUUCAAGAUUAAAAAGAUCGUUAAGGUCGUGAAGUACCUUGUGCUGUUGGGAUCACUGGCGGGUAUGGGAGCAGGGGCUUACCUCCAUUUCACUCAGACUGCGCAGACCAGCUUGGAACCGGUGCGCAAGGUGAAACCUGCUCCGGAUACCAAAAGUCCGAUAAGUACCGUAUACAACGGUAACAGUUUGGAAGCUGCCAACGGAAAUCUGAGCGAAAAAACGUUAAUAUCUCAGGUAAGUACGAUGCUUAUUCGGAUGGGUAUCCCGCCAGUGCGUUUCGACAACCAUAAUGCAUUGUUUAACAUAAAAGUCGAGAUUUUUCUCUCUCCCAACGUAACCAUGAAAAUCCCGCUGACUGUGAUCGUCGCCUCUGGUGUCAUCCUUUUCGUCUCGGUACUCAUGAAACUCUUCGUUUUCGACGCAGUGAUGAGGACUGCGAUCAGGGCGCAAACGUGUCUCAAGUUAGGUAGCGAGAUCCGGGGGAUCUACUUAAAAAUCCCCUUCCCACUCGACUUCAAAAUAUAUUUUUUCAACGUGACCAAUACCAUAGGAGUGCAGAACGGAUCGGUGCCCAUCCUGAAGGAAAUCGGACCUUAUUGGUACAACGAGUACGUUGAAAAAGUGGACGUCAUCGACGAUGAAGCCGAAGACAGCCUGACGUAUUCCCCCGCGUUCCGUUACGAGUUCAACCAAGAGAAGUCCGGAUCGCUAAGUCAAGAUGACUACGUCACGAUCUUACACCCCCUGAUAGUGGGUAUGGUCAAUCAAGUCAAGCGAGAUUUUGCUGCGUUUCUUCCCCUCGUGAACAAAACAAUCUCCGACAUCUUCAGGGAACCCAAGUCUAUUUACCUCACUGCCAAAGUGCGGGACAUCCUGUUCGACGGUAUCGAAAUCAACUGUAACGUAAAAGAUUUCGCGUCGACGACGGUGUGCUCCCAAAUCAAGCAGGUGCCCGGCAUCAAGACCAAGAAAGGCGAGGAAAAAAUUUAUCUUUUCUCCCUCUUCGGAUCGAAAAACGGAACGUCGUCCAAAAGAUUUAAAAUCCUCCGAGGUAUCACCAGAUCCAGAGACUUGGGAAGGCUCUUGGAGGUGGAUGGCCAAAAGGAGAUCAAAUUGUGGAAAAAUAACAGGUGUAACCGUUUCAACGGCACAGACGGCUGGAUAUUUCCACCGAUGCUUUCAGCGGAGGAAGGUCUCUGGGCCUACUCUACCGACCUUUGUAGAAACGUGGAGGCCAAGUACGUUAGAGACCUGCACUACAAAGGACUCGCCGUGAGGAGUUACGAAGCAGAUUUGGGGGACGCGGAACAUCGUGAGGAAGAUCGGUGUUACUGUCCCAAACCAGAGCAGUGUUCCAAGAAAGGAGUGAUAGAUCUGAGCAAGUGUUUGGGCUCGCCUAUCAUCGCCACGUUGCCGCAUUUCCUGGACACAUACGAAGAGUACUUGGAUCAAGUCAAGGGCUUAAAGCCUGAUCCGGAGAAGCACAAGCUUCAGAUAAUCUUCGAACCGAUGACAGGUACACCAGUCGAGGCGGCCAAAAGGAUCCAACUCAACAUGUUUGUAGAACCCAAUGACCAAAUCGACCUGAUGAACUCGGUACCGAUGACUCUUCACCCCAUAUUUUGGAUGGACGAGAGCGCGGUAGUAGAGGGAGAUUUAUUGAAAAAACUCCAAAACAUAUUCCUGAUGACGCGAGCUGUCAGCUGGGUGCUAUGGUUAGUCAUGGCACUCAGCGCGAUAGUGUUUGGAGUCACCUUCUACCAACACAAGAAAAACAGGAGUCGGUUCAAGGUUACGAUGGUUCACGAGUUCGGCGGGGGUAAUCAAACUAAGGAUACUAACGUGUUGACACGUCGAGGAAUCGAUGAAAAGGCCGGAGUAGAUAACAAUGCCAUGAGGGAUAACGAAUUCGAUAAAUAUUAAAUAAAGCUCGAGUGGUGUUAUUUAUUUUA